UUCUUGAUUUUAUUAAUAUUUAGUUCCUAGUUAAUUGCACAUUUUCAGUUGUUUGAUCAUUGCCUAGAGUGAUAAUCUUUUGAGUAAUUUGUUAAAAGAACAGAAGGCACCCUAAAGAUGAGAUUUUAGCUUAAUCAGGCCUUUGACUUGUUGAUGAAACCACAUAUUGCACUAUCAUUAUAAGAGAUAUUUAUGUUAAUUGGAGCAUAUAAUAGGAACAAUUGGUUCACACUUGUUGUUUUUGAUUUAUGAGUUGCUCAAGUUGAUUUUAGCCUUAUUAGCUAAGUUGAUUCCUAGGGCUGUUCAGUUUGCUCUCAUUAUAACUAGGAUGGCAAUGGGGUGGGGUGGAUUUGAGCCAACGGAGAGCAUGACGGGGCGGGGAACAUGCUAGCAGGGAUGGUGCAAAGAACAGGAUAGCGGGGGGUGGUGUCAUUUUUUAAAAUCUUAGCAGCGCAAUUGUGAUGUGCACAUUUCAUAUAGAAUAUCUAUUCCAAUUGACUCUAAAUCUACAUAUUCGGGGGUUUUCCUAUUCUGGAAGAUCUAGUCAAUCAGAGUUGAAAUUCAAAUCCAGUACUGUUAAUCUUGAGAUUUUGAAUAUUGGCAAAAUUGUAUUGAACAGGUAACGCAACAUGUUCCAGUGAAAUAAUGCAGUGGGUAUGCAAGAGGCGGUGUAUAUGUUAGAUAUAGAAACUUAUAUGUACGUUUUUGUUUAUAGUAGUUUACUUGGUUAAGGAAAACUAUUAAAAACAAAUUUGAGUGCAAUAAGGUUUCGAGAAAAAGAGUUAGUAGAAGUCAACAAGGAUUUGUAGAAGACAAAUACAAGUUGAUUUGUACAAGGAUUGGCUGAAUUUCUGGUUUAUAAAUAGAGAGCUAUUUUGAUCAGAAAAACUUGCGCACCUACAAAGAGAGAAUUUCAAAACACGAUCAAGAGGGCUGAGAGAGUUUUGUUAAAAUCUUUUGAGUGCUGCGAGUUGAGUCAUAAAGUUGUAAAGAUUGUAUUCAAGAGUCUUGUUUACAAUCUAGGUAGUAGAUUUGCUUGACAAGUUAUAGUACUUGAAAAGCAUUGAGAAGAUAGAAAACUAGGGAGUAGUUUUUUGUCUUUGAGUAGAAGGAAUUAGAGUUUAUAAUUCCUUGAGAGCUUAAACGUUGUAAUCUUUGUAUUACUUGAAAGUUACAAAUAAUACAAAGUGCUGUUCAAAUUAAUUACUGUUAAAGUUUCUUCAAGUAGCCACAAACUAGUUGUUAGUACGUGUUCCUUUGAAGAAUUCAGGAGGGUAGAAUUCUAACAAGUGGUAUCAGAGCGAGGUUAUCUUUAGAGAGUCUAACAACUCAAGAUAAGAUCAACAUGAGUUCUGCACCUCCACUCGGACACGGUAAGGGUCAACACAUCAACAGACCUCCACUAUUCAAUAGACAAUACUACUCAUGGUGGAAGGCAAGGAUGGAAGACUCCAUUCAAGCUGAAGACUACGAAUUAUGGGUAAGAAUUACUAAGGGACCACAAAUUCCUACCAUCACUGAUAGUGAAGGAAAUAAAGUACCUAAACCGGCAGAUACAUAUAAUGAUGCAGAUUAUAAGAUACUAGGAAAAAAUGCAAAAGCUAAGUGUAUUCUUGUGUGUGGAUUAGGACCUGAUGAAUUUAACCGUAUCUCAAGUUGUACCUCUGCUAAACAAAUAUGGGAUACCUUACAAAACGCUCAUGAAGGUACAACUCAAGUCCGAAAAUUCAGGAUUGCUAGUUUGUGUUCAGAAUAUGAAGCCUUUAAGAUGAAAUCCGGAGAAUCUCUUCAAGAUAUGAUCACCAGAUUCACCACUGUGGUAAACGAACUAAUCUCAUUAGGCAAAGUAUAUACCACUGAGGAACAGGUUGACAAAGUACUCAGGAUUCUGCCUAGGUCUUGGGAAAUCAAAGUCACUGCCAUUAGAGAAGCUAAGGCUAAUAUGUCUUUAGAUAAUUUAGUUGGGAAUCUCAAGAUCUAUGAGAUGAAUGUUGACAAAAGAGGUGAAGGGAAUAAAGAAAAAGGUCUUGGUCUUAAAGCAACUGAAAGUGACGAAUCAGACAUAGAUGACGAUGAUCUGGCUCUGAUAAGUAGGAACUUCAAGAAACUCUUUAAAAAGGGAUUAAACUCUACCAAAAAAUCACCACCCUUGAAAGAAAAAAAUCCUGAACGAUCACAAAACGGAGGUUGUUUUAAGUGUGGUAAGACAAAUCAUCAAAUAAAGGACUGCCCAAUGUGGGAAUUAGAAUGGAAAAAGGAAAAAGCUGAAAAAGAAAGGAAGGAACUCCUCAACAAAAAGAAAAACAAAGAAAAGGAACAAGCAAUGUAUGCAGCCUGGGGAACAGGUUCUUCAGACAUGCAUGAAGAUGUUGAAGACCUUGCCAUGAUGGCGAUAGAAGAAUCAGACGUUGAACCUGAAUCAGACUCUGAAGAAACUGAGGUAAACUUUCUUAACCUAAAAGAUAAGCUAGCAAAGUUCUCCAAGAAAAAGCUCACUCCUAUUGCUUGCAUCCAUAGACAAAAUUCAAGAACUUGUGAACACCAAAAGCCAACUACUUGCUUCCUUAUCUAGCUUAAAGUUUGAGCAUAUUGAUCUCAAUAAGAACAAACUCGACCUUCAAGAAAAAAUCAAGCAACUUGAAACCCAAAAUUUGGAACUAAGAACUAAGAAUUCAAAAUUAAAAGUUCUUGGCAAAGAAAAGGAGGGUGAAAUGCCUGACCAAAAGCUUGAGGUUGACAAACUCAAAAAAACCUUAAGGCUAGAAAAGGAAAACUGUAAAAGGAUAAAUCUUGAAUUGACUAAAGUAAGAAGUGAUCUGGAAAGAGCAAACAAAUGGACAAAAUCCUCUAUGAUAGUAACUCAUCUAGGGAACAACAAUAGGAACAUCAAAACUGGAAUAUGAUAUGAACAGCCCAUAAAUGGAAAUCCUACGUUUUGCAUCGUUUGUGGUAACUUUGGUCAUUCUAAACAAUAUUGUCCCAAAUACAAAAUUACCUGUGAAGAAAACAACUCAACAAGAACCUAUAGAACUGUUCAGAGGAACAGGUACAUACCCAGAAAAAACAGUCUUCCCAAAUGGGCUCGUAGAAAUCUGAUUCAUCCUUUUGAUCAAAACAAAGAACCCAAGCUAAUCUGGGUUCCUAAAUCCAACCUCUAAUUUUUCAGGAAGAAGUGAGAGAAAGCAAGCAGCAGUGGUACAUGGACAGUGCUUGCUCAAGACACAUGACAGGGAAUAAGACAUUGUUUCUCUCACUAUAAGAAGGAAAAGGAGGUAUGGUUGCUUUUGGUGGUGGAAAAAAGGGUCAAAUCAAAGGCUGUGGAAAGAUUGGAAGAUCUGAUGAACAUUCAAUUGAUAAAGUAUACUAUGUGGAAGGACUUAAACACAAUUUACUCAGCAUAUCUCAAUUGUGUGACAAAGGAAACAAGGUAAUCUUUCGAUCCACUGGUGUUGAAGUAAUCAAUCUAAACACACAAAAAUUAGUGCUAACAGGAAAAAGAGAUAAACAUGUCUACACUGUAGAUACCUCAACAAUCCCUGACAAAAAUCUAGUGUGUUUAAGUGUGUUGGAAAAAGAUCCCUUGUUAUGGCAUAAACGGUUGGGUCAUGCUAGCCAAGUUCAAUUAAACAAACUUAUCACCAAGGAUUUAGUUAUAGGACUGCCUAAAAAUAAAUUCAAGGAGGAUAAGGUUUGUGAAGCAUGUACUCUAGGGAAACAGAUAAAAUCAUCAUUUAAGUCCAAACAGAUGGUAAGCUCAACUUGUUCCUUAGAACUAAUUCACAUGGAUUUAUGUGGACCAAUGAGGGUUCAAAGUAGAGGGGGAAAAAGAUAUGUGUUUGUCUUAGUGGAUGAUUACACUAGGUACACCUGGACACUAUUCCUUGCAGCAAAAGAUGAUGCCUUUGAGGUUUUUUGUUCACUAAUGAGAAAAAUUCAAAGAAAAUAUGGGAAACAAUUAAAGGCAAUUAGAUCAGAUCAUGGAACUGAAUUUGAAAAUUCAAAGUUUGCCCAAUAUUGUGACUAUCAUGGGGUUGAUCAUAACUUCUCUGCCCCCAGAACCCCUCAGCAAAACGGUGUGGUAGAGAGAAAGAACAGAACUCUUCAAGAAAUGGCUAGAACUAUGAUGAUCGCAAGCAAAAUUGCAAACCAAUUCUGGGCAGAAGCAAUAAACACUGCUUGCUACACCAUAAAUCGUUGCAUGACCAGACCCUUGUUAGAAAAAACUCCAUAUGAAUUAUUAAAAGGCAGAAAGCCCAACAUCUCUCAUCUUAGAGUAUUUGGAUGCAAGUGCUUUAUUCAUAACAAUGGAAAAAAUCUGCUUGGAAAAUUUGAUGCUAGGAGUGACAACGGAAUCUUUCUUGGAUAUUCUACACAUAGUAAAGCUUAUAGGGUACUCAACAAAAGAACCAUGUGUGUCGAAGAGAGUGUCCAUGUUAUUUUCGAUGAAAGCAGCACUAUGUCUAAUGAAGAUGUGUUGGUCAGUAACACAUCAACUGAAGAACAGGCUGUCUCUGAACAGGAACAGGUCCAAGAAACCGGUUCCUCUGACACAACAAACAGAGAAGAAACUGAAGCUCAAGUAAAUUCUGAUGAAGGAGUUGAUACAGAUGAAAAUCAACCAGAUGUUAAUAAAGAGCAAGAAAGAUCAACUCCUACCCUAAAAGAGUACAAAUACCAAGGAUCACACCCAUUGGAAAACCUGCUCACUGAUCUUUCUUCAGGAAUUACCACCCGAUCAGGAAUGAAGAAUCACUACGCGCAUAGUGCAUUCCUAUCCAUGGUAGAACCAAAGAAAAUAAGUGAAGCCCUUCAAGAUGCAGAUUGGAUUAUAGCCAUGGAAGAAGAAUUACAUCAAUUUGAAAGGAGUAAAGUAUGGCAUCUAGUACCUAAGCCCUCAAACAGAACUAUAAUUGGAACUAAAUGGGUGUUUAGGAACAAGUUAAAUGAACAUGGUACCAUAAUCAGAAACAAAGCUAGGUUGGUUGUUCAAGGAUAUAAUCAAGAAGAAGGGAUAGAUUAUGAUGAAACUUUUGCACCCGUGGCAAGAAUAGAAGCAAUCAGAUUGCUUAUAGCUUUCGCAUCUCACAUGGAGUUCACAUUGUAUCAGAUGGAUGUCAAAAGUGCUUUUUUGAAUGGGCUAUUACAAGAAGAAGUUUUUGUUAAACAACCCCCUGGCUUCGAGAAUAAUGACUUCCCUGACCAUGUCUAUAAGCUUGACAAAGCUCUCUACGGGUUAAAACAAGCUCCAAGGGCAUGGUAUGAUAGAUUGUCAAAAUUCCUUUUAAGUCAUGGAUAUUCAAGAGGUAAAAUUGACAAUACACUCUUCUUCAAGAAUAAAGAAAAGGGUCUCCUGAUCGUGCAAAUCUAUGUUGAUGAUAUCAUAUUUGGAGCUACAAAUAAGAGUCUCACACAAGAAUUUGCAAAUCUUAUGAGCAAUGAGUUUGAAAUGAGUAUGAUGGGUGAAUUAAACUACUUCCUUGGGCUUCAAAUAAAACAAACACCUGGAGGUACAUGGAUUCAUCAGCAAAAAUAUGUCAAAGAAUUGCUUAAGAGGUUUAAAAUGGACGAAGCCAAACCAAUUGAUACUCCUAUAGCCCCUGCCACUAAGUUGGACCUUGAAGGAACAGGUUCUGAUGUUGAACAAAAACUGUAUAGAGGCAUGAUUGGCUCACUCUUGUAUCUUACUGCUAGUCGACCUGAUAUUGUGUUUAGUGUAGGAUUAUGUGCUCGCUUUCAAACUAAUCCUAAAGAAUCACAUAUUCAAGCAGUCAAGAGAAUCUUCAGAUAUCUAAAAGGAACCUCUGAUUUAGGACUAUGGUACCCAAAAGGAAGCAACUUUGAUUUAGUUGGGUAUGCGGAUGCUGACUAUGCUGGAUACUUGGGUGAUAGAAAAAGCACUACAGGAAUGGCUCACUUUCUAGGAUCGUGUCUCAUCUCAUGGGGAUCAAAGAAACAAAACUCAGUUGCACUAUCCACUGCUGAGGCUGAGUACGUAGCAGCUGCGUCAUGUUGCGCCCAACUUCUGUGGAUUAAGCAACAACUUAGUGAUUUCGGUCUCAAAAUUGAACAGGUUCCAAUUUUCUGCGAUAAUACUAGUGCAAUCAACAUUGCAAAAAAUCCGGUACAACAUAAGAGAACUAAACACAUUGACAUUCGUCAUCACUUUCUUAGAGAUAAUGUGGAAAAGGGUUUAAUCUCUAUGAACUUUUGUACUACGGAAGAACAAAUCGCGGACAUUUUUACAAAGGCAUUAGCAAGGGAACACUUUGAAAGGAACAGGUUGGAGCUAGGAAUGAUGAAGAUAAACUAAGCAAAUAGAAGCUGAAGGAAUUGGACUCUCAAAAUCAUCUUUGCAUGCUUAAAAGGUAUGUCUACUCUUCUUAACUAAGAUAGACUAAAAUUAUAAGACCAAUGCAUUGGGUUCCGUUCCUUAAAAAAAAAAAAAACCCCAUCAUAAAUUAAAACCGCCAAAUCAAAAUCUGCACAAAACCUUUCAAAUCAUACCUGUUCCAAUUCUCAGAAAAACCCUUACACUUCCCUAUAAUUUUCUCUCAACAGUCAUUCCUAUCUCUCCUUCUUCUCCGAAUUGUUCCCAUUUUCUCUCAAACUUUAACAAUCCACAAAGCUACACUUUGAUGAGAAAAAUGGCUUUUUCUUCAAAUUUCUCACUAGCAAUAAUUCCCUUUGAUACUCAAGAAAGCCUACAUGCCUUACCCGCGGUUCUUUACAUUGAUUUGAACGGCAUAACCCGAUGUUCUCUUAUGGAAGAUGCAUCAGUUCAGGGGGAAGAGAGAGGUCAAGGGUUGGAGAAAGGAAAUAUGAGUGCACUAAGUGAGGGGGAACACAUGUCUUUGUCACAGAACUGGGAAAACUGCUCCGAUGAUGAAAAUGUCACCUUAUUUGAAAUGCUUUCCCAAAUCCGAACUUGUUCCAAACGAAGUUCGUUUUCUUGUAAGCCUCUUGCUACGUCUCUCCCGGAAAUUCAAGAAGAUUCUACCUCUUUCCUACCAGCAAAGGAACCAGUACGAGUAACUAGAUCUGUACAACGUACUAGGGAUGCAGAAAUUUUGGCUCAGUCUGCUAAGAAAAUUCGCACAAGAAAACGUAAGUCUCCAUCAUCCCUAACCUUUGUCACAGAUACAGUGAAUAG